ACUUUGGGGUAAUUUUUGGCUACUGCAGGUCAAGAACGAUUCGGCAACAUGACGAGAGUGUAUUAUAAAGAAGCUGUUGGAGCUUUUGUAGUCUUCGAUGUAUCCAGACGCUCAACAUUUGAUGCAGUUCUGAAGUGGAAGAGUGACUUGGACAGUAAAGUGAAGCUGCCCAAUGGGAAGCCAAUCCCUGCUGUGCUCUUGGCAAACAAAUGUGAUCAGCAAUGGGACGGUUUGGACAACAGCCACAUAACGAUGGAUCGCUACUGCAAGGACAAUGGUUUCAUAGCAUGGUAUGAAACCUCAGCUAAGGAGAACAUAAACAUUGAUGAAGCAACACGGUUUUUAGUGAAGAAUAUUCUGGACAGUGACUUCAUCCAUCUAUCUGAGAAUACUGAUGCAGAUAAUAUUAAACUAACAGAUGAAUCUGAAGAGGUUGAUAAAAAGGCACAGUGUUGCUAACAUUUUGCCCCUCUCCCAGUAACACUUUUUUAUAAGCUUUGGAGACCACAGUCCCUGGAUGGUCUUUUCUGUGCUAUGUCAAAAAGGAUGACUGCUCAAUGAGAUUAAUAUACCUUCAGCUAACCAUUAUUUAAACAGAAGUAUUCCUCUUAGUUUUAAUUAGGAAUGGAAUGGAAACAAAAAUGCUUUGUCUUUUUCAUGUCAAAAUUUCUGUAGUCUUUUUGAAAUAACAUUAAAAUAACUAUUUAGUCUGAUAAAUUUUUAUAAACUAUC